UACUACUGUGAGAAAAAAUCUACUGCAGCCUGCAGCCUAUGUCUGGUUUAUACCAAAAAAUUACUGAGUGAGCGUCUCGAUCAAGGCGAAUCUUUUCAUAGACAUUAUGGAACUCUCCAUUUUUGCAACAUCACCAAAUGUAGAGUAAACUAUCAAUUUGCGUCCAGGAGAAUAUUGUUGUUUAUUCGUAAUUUCUUUUCAUUUUGGUAUAAUCCAGGGGUUCACACACCCCUAUGAUUUUCAUAAAAUGGGAAACCUAACUAUGUUAUAGAGGGCUGCGCGCUAGAUAUAAGCUACAUAUUACAAUAAAAAUAGGCUUUUCAUUUUUUCCAUUUCCUAAUAUCACAAUGUCGGUUGCAUUUUCAUCGGCGCGCCCAAGGAGCAAAGGGGAGGUGACCCAACAAACUAUACAAAAGAUGCUGGAUGAAAAUCACCAUCUGAUACAAUGUAUAAUGGAUUACCAGAACAAAGGAAAAACAGCAGAAUGCACACAGUAUCAGCAGAUUCUUCACAGAAACCUGGUCUAUCUGGCUACGAUAGCAGAUUCUAAUCAGAACAUGCAGUCACUGUUACCUGCGCCUCCUACCCCUAACAUGGGGAGUAUGGGUCCUGGAGGGAUGGGGCAGAACGGGGGCAGUGGGCCCAUACACUCCCAGAGUAACCUCAACGACGCCAUGACACCUGGCCUGCCCCCCCCCUCCAUGAUGCAGAGUCAGAUGAGCAAUGGCCCCAGCCACGCUCCCAUGCAGCAGCAGCAGCAUGCGGGUCAGACACAGUCGGCUGGGCUCUCCUCCACGUCCCUCAGCCUGCCGGCCAGCACCCACAGCUCAGCCUUGGGCUACAGCCACCCCGUGCCCCCCUCUUCCCAGGGCAGCAUGAUCCAGGGGCCUGGCCCAAGCCCAGGCUACGGUUCUUCCUCUCCUUCCUCCUCCCGCAGCAACCUCAACAUGCAGUCCAACCCAGUCUCCAUGAUGCAGCAGCCUCAUUACCCGUCGUCCCAGACUGGGGCCGGGCAGCAGCACUACCAGGGCCAACAGACUGCUAUGGGCAUGUUGGGGCAGAGCGGACAAGGCAACAGUAUGGUGAGCCAGAGGCCCAUGGGGACUUACCGACACACACAGCAAGGAUGUGCACUGCAGUACAUGGGACAAGACGAGUUCUACGGAGAGCAGUAUGGACACACUCAGAGCUCCAGUGAGCCCAUAAACCAGCAGUAUUACCCUGAUGGUCAUGGCGAGUACUCCUACCAACAGUCGUCCUACGGUGAACACGGCUAUGAGAGGCCCUUUGACGAGUCCUCACAGCACUACUACGAAGGAGGCAACUCCCAGUACAGUCAGCAGCAAGCCCAGUACCAGCAUGGCUCAGGUCAGCAGCAGCCCUUCAGCCAACAACAGUACCCCUCACAGCAGGGCUACAGCACACAGCAACAGGGCUAUGGUCCAGGUCAGGGUGCGUCGUCCCAGUACUCCCAGUACCAGCAGGGUCAGGGCCAGCAGUAUAGCUCCUACCGUUCCUCCCAGGCUGCCCCUGGGGCACAGACACAGAGGCCCUACGCUUACGAACAGGUACAGCUACAGCUACCCCUGACCCCACGUUUUGAGGAGGACGGUGCUGUCCAACCAAACAUUGGGGUCAAUAUGGAAACUACCAGCAAUAAGGCACCACCUCCUGGGCAAACUGGUGGACAGGUUAGGCAAGGGAACACUUCUGUGAAUGCCCCUUAACAGUCAUAUGUAAACCAGUCUGAGUAAAUUAGUUAUAUUAAGCUCUGAAUCCUUUUAGUUUGCUGAGAGACAGAUUAGAAGGCUAGAAUAUCAGCUCCAUUGUCCGCUUGUUCAAUAUUUUCUAGCUGAGUAGAGGUUAACUGGUUCAGGAGAUCCUAUAUGAAGCACCUCUCAUCUCUGCUUUCUCUCCUCACCCUCUAUAAGAGGCUUUGAAUUAGGGGGGUAUCUGGUAACAAAUCGGGGCAUCCUCAAUAGUAUUAUUAUAUUAACAUGGGCACUAUAUGUGUUUUAAACUCAUGUGAAAUGUUAAACCUGCCUCUAAAUGUCUUCCUUCCUUGGUCUAUGACCUCUAUCAGCCUCUACCUGGCUCCUCAUAUCCUCCCUUUCUGUCUUUGUCUUUCACAGGGUGCACAAUACAAGUGCUAUCCUCUCUUUAAGAAUGUAAUUGGAAAUGUGCCAAUUAGGUUGUUCACAUUUACAUAAGAUUGAUCUAAUAUAAUACAUUCAGCAUCUAUUAUUCAGUGUAGAGAAUAACUUAGAGUUGACUCUUGAUAAGUGUACUUUGAUUAAGGUGAAAAUGGGGCUUGUCGGUGGUGUUCAACCUGUCUUCAGGUUGUGUUUUUUUAAAUCUGUGAAGUUGUGUAGGUCAGUGUGUGGUGUGACCGACUGUUUUGUGUUAACACUCUCUUUGUGUAAGAAGAACCAAUGUUUAAGUAAGGUAAUAGACGAAAUAGCUGGUGAAUUGACAAGUGUGCAUCAACUACACUACAUUGCCAAAAGUAUGUGGACACCUGCUCAUCGAACAGACUGCCAGAUGGUGAAGCAUGAUUCAUCACUCCAGAGAACGUGUUUCCACUGCUCCAGAGUCCAAUGGCGGUGAGCUUUAUACC